GGGCGGCUCUGAGGAGACCUCGGCGGCGGCGGAGGAGGAGAGAAGCGCAGCGCCGCGCCGCGCCUGGGCCCAUGUGGGGAGGAGUCGGAGUCGCUGUUGCCGCCGCCGCCGCCGCCGCCUGUAACUGCUGGACCCGAGUGGGAGUAAGAGGGAGACGACAGGAUGAAGUUCGCCGAGCACCUCUCCGCGCACAUCACUCCCGAGUGGAGGAAGCAAUACAUCCAGUAUGAGGCUUUCAAGGAUAUGCUGUAUUCAGCUCAGGACCAGGCACCUUCUGUGGAAGUGACAGAUGAGGACACGGUAAAGAGGUAUUUUGCCAAGUUUGAAGAAAAAUUUUUCCAAACCUGUGAAAAGGAACUUGCCAAAAUCAACACAUUUUAUUCAGAAAAGCUUGCAGAGGCUCAGCGCAGGUUUGCUACUCUUCAGAAUGAGCUUCAGUCAUCACUGGAUGUGCAGAAAGAAAGCACUGGUGUCACUACGCUGCGACAACGCAGAAAGCCAGUCUUCCACCUGUCCCAUGAGGAACGUGUACAACAUAGGAAUAUUAAAGACCUUAAACUGGCCUUCAGCGAGUUCUACCUCAGUCUUAUCCUGCUGCAGAACUAUCAGAAUCUGAAUUUUACAGGGUUUCGAAAAAUCCUUAAAAAGCAUGACAAGAUCCUGGAAACAUCUCGUGGAGCAGAUUGGCGAGUAGCUCAUGUAGAAGUGGCUCCAUUUUAUACAUGCAAGAAAAUCAACCAGCUCAUCUCUGAAACAGAGGCUGUGGUGACCAAUGAACUUGAAGAUGGUGACAGACAAAAGGCUAUGAAGCGUUUACGGGUCCCACCUUUGGGAGCUGCUCAGCCUGCACCAGCAUGGACUACUUUUAGAGUUGGCCUAUUUUGUGGAAUAUUCAUUGUAUUGAAUAUUACCCUUGUCCUUGCCGCUGUAUUUAAACUUGAAGCAGAUAAAAAUAUAUGGCCCUUGAUAAGAAUCUAUCGAGGUGGCUUUCUUCUGAUUGAAUUCCUUUUUCUGCUGGGCAUCAACACAUAUGGCUGGAGACAGGCUGGAGUAAAUCAUGUGCUCAUCUUUGAACUUAAUCCUAGAAGCAAUUUGUCUCAUCAACAUCUCUUUGAGAUUGCUGGAUUCCUUGGGAUCUUGUGGUGCCUGAGCCUUCUGGCAUGCUUCUUUGCUCCAAUUAGUGUCAUCCCCACAUAUGUAUAUCCACUUGUCCUUUAUGGAUUUAUGGCUUUCUUUCUCAUUAACCCCACCAAAACUUUCUAUUAUAAAUCCCGGUUUUGGCUCCUUAAAUUGCUGUUUCGAGUAUUUACAGCCCCUUUCCAUAAGGUAGGCUUUGCUGAUUUCUGGCUAGCUGAUCAGCUCAACAGCCUUUCGGUGAUACUGAUGGACCUGGAAUAUAUGAUCUGUUUCUAUAGUUUUGAGCUCAAAUGGGAAGAAAGUAAAGGCCUUUUUCCAGCUGAAUCACUUGCAGACACAGAAUUUUGCCAUAAAUAUGUAUAUGGUGUGCGGGCCGUCGUUCAGUGCAUUCCUGCUUGGCUUCGUUUCAUCCAGUGCCUGCGCCGAUACCGAGAUACAAAAAGGGCCUUUCCUCAUUUAGUUAAUGCUGGAAAAUACUCCACAACUUUCUUCAUGGUUACAUUUGCAGCUCUUUACAGCACUCACAAAGAGCAAAAUCACUUAGACACCAUGGUGUUCUUUUAUCUGUGGAUCGUCUUUUGUAUCAUCAGUUCGUGCUAUACCCUCAUCUGGGAUCUAAAGAUGGACUGGGGUCUCUUUGAUAAGAAUGCUGGAGAAAACACCUUCCUCCGGGAAGAGAUUGUAUAUCCCCAAAAAGCCUAUUACUACUGUGCCAUCAUAGAAGAUGUGAUAUUGCGCUUUGCUUGGACUAUCCAAAUCUCAAUUACCUCCACGACCUUGUUGCCUCAUACUGGAGACAUCAUUGCUACUGUCUUUGCUCCCCUUGAGGUUUUCCGGCGAUUUGUAUGGAACUUCUUUCGCCUGGAGAAUGAACAUCUGAAUAACUGUGGUGAAUUCCGUGCUGUGCGGGACAUCUCUGUGGCCCCCCUGAAUGCAGAUGACCAGACGCUCUUAGAGCAGAUGAUGGACCAGGAUGACGGGGUGCGAAAUCGCCAGAAGAACCGGCCAUGGAAGUCCAGCCAGAGCAUAUCCCUGCGCCGUCCUCGCCUCGCUUCUCAAUCCAAGACUCGUGACACUAAGGUAUUGAUAGAAGACACAGAUGAUGAAGCUAACACUUGAAUCCUCUGAAGUCUAGAUUAACAUCCUUGGGUUUCCUAUUCUACAAUUCUUUCCUCGACCAACGCAACCUCUAAUACCUUUCCAGCCGAAAACAGGAGAAGACACAUAACACAUUUUCCGAGCUCUUCCAGAUCGGAUCCUAUGGACUCCAAACAAGCUCACUGUGUUUCUUUUCUUUUCUUCUGGUUUAAUUUUCAUUUUCUAUUUUUAAAACAGAUACUUCAUUUGCCAAUCAGAGGACAUUUUAAGGAACAAAAAAAUAGUAUCUUAUGGAUUGUUUACAAUCACAAGGACACAGAUACCUAUCAGGAUGAACAACAGGCAUUGCAAGGACCCUCUGAUGGGACAGUACCGAGAUAACUCGGCUUCUGCUUGGCCCGGUUUUGACUGGUUGAAACCGGACAUUGGUUUUUAAAUUUUUUGUCAGUUAAAGUGGAGAAGUUUUCCUUUCCUUCAUACCCAGCGCAAAAGCACUGGCUGCACUUGCAGGGAAAGUGCAACUUAGAGCAGUACCUUCAUUCAUGAAGCUACUUUUUAAUUUGAUGUAACUUUUCUU